GAUGAUCAGUCGAUCCACAAAAUGAGUCUGUUGCAUCUGGAUUAUUUUGACGUGUUGCCACGAGUGACAGAACGAAUUCAAACGUGUAUAUAUAAGGACAGACAAUCUUUCUCGGUUUCGAAUUCGAUAUAUUGUGUCUUUAAUCGACUAACACGCAACGAUCCAUAUAUACGAGAAAAUGAAAUUUCUUUUCAUUGCCUUGGUUGCCAUGGUCACCAUUUCAAUGGCGGCUUCCCAAAUGCCACCCCCGACUGAAGUUCCUCUUCCGCCGACUGGAUCACCGUCUCCAACUGGUGGCCUACGUCCUCAACCACGUCCUCCAGGUCCUCGCCCUGCCCGGCUCACCCAGAAUUUCUAUAGACUGGCCUGAAUCCGUUUUUUUUGUGCAUCGCAAACCAAAUUCAAAUCAUUUUGCCCAUCUUCCAUGCCUUUUCCUUUUUACCAAUGGUCGUUUGCUUACUUCACCUAUUAUAAUAAAUAUAUCAAUCAUUUUUAAGCAUUAAAAAUUAUGUCUCCGCAAUGUGCCAAAAUUCAUUUUACUUGGGUUUUCCCCUUAUUGCAAUUUAAAGGGGGGGGGGGAUUUCCUUUUUUUAAUAGUUCAAACCACCCGAAUGUAUUUUUCAUAGCCAAAGGCAUUUAAAUUAUUUGACAUGAAACUGCUAUUAAAAAAAAAAAAAUGUACAUUGCAUAACGGCAAAAAGGAAAUCGCAUUUCAUCGUAUAAAGAAUCAUCGGGAGGUCUUGAACAUCUUCGGAACGUCUUCCAAAGACAUUUCCAACUUGAAAAAGUGUUUUCUUCUUUCUCCAGGGCCAUAAUCAAGACUCGUAUAUGUACUUCAUUGCUCUAUACAGUUAUGUUUGUAGUAUAUAGAGACAUGUGUUACUUCAUCGUUGACCAAAUUGCUGGCCAGAAAGAGAAAAGAUGUAGUAGACUACUAGCUAAACAGAAAACUAGGUUACGUCAUAUGUAUAGACACAAGCUGUUUCCCCCUCUAUCCUGGUGUAUACACACGCGUUUUUCAAAGUGAUCAGUAGACAGCGAAUAGGAAGAGAGGAAGGACCUUGCAAUUCUCUCCUUCAGAAAACAUGAAAUUUUCAAGUGUUUUUGUUCUGCUUGUCGUCGUUUUGCAAACGAUUCACUGCCAAAUUCGGUGGAAACGGCCGUUGCAAGCAAUCAAGUCAAAGUUAAGUGAACGGCUUUCUUCCAAUCAUCAAUUGCAAUACGUCAAUCUGAGCGAGCAGGGCAUCCAUCCAAAUCGGUUUGUCGCUCCGGCUGUUGCCCAAGACAUUGACAGAUCAACAAAGCCUAAUCAUCCGUCAGUGCAACACCAUUCAGGUCAACUCCUUGACGAAAGUGGGCAUGUCUUUGACGAGCGGGAAGAGCCGGAAGUGGCGGAAAACAAAGCCCAGUCGAGGCACUCAUCUUUAAUAGCCACUCGUGUGAUACCGAGCGGCAUCAAUCACGUGUACAGAAAAUCAAUGCCGACUGCAUCGUUGUACAGGAUGCCAAUCUACGAGCAAGAUUCUUAUCUGGAAGCGCUGGAACUGUCCAGACUUCCGUGUCAAACGCUGGAAGACCCCGACGAUUGUUACGAUUCGACGCAGCUGCUCCGUCAACGUCCCUCCACUCCGCCCAGCAAAAAGUUGUUGGCAACCAUCAGAAUCUUGGUCAAUUUCCACAAUCAACGUCCUAAACAUUCACCGUUUUCUUAUUUAUAAUUUUCAGUAAUGUUUAUUAUUAUUUAGAAAAAAUACAUGUAGUAUACCAAUUCA